UUUUUUUCUUCAACUCGAGUACAAGGUAAAUCAUCUACUUAACUCUGACAGCCACAAGCGCCAACUGCCAACAUGUCGGCCAGCAGCUCCACGACAGCCUUGACCUCUGCUGGAGAGUCUCGAGGUUCGAGCCCCGGCCUUGACCUCCACAGAUUUCGGGACCACGUCGACCUUAACGCCUUUAGUUCUUAUCUCUACCAUCCCCACAACUACUCCCACGACCGUACAAACGGCAGCAGCACUACUACCACCAGCAGCGGCAGCAGCAACGACUACUACGUGGGCAACGUGGCGCCCAACGUGACGGCCCCUGCAGGGACUGUGCACGACAUCGAGUACGACUUCUCUGUGCGGGUGUCCGUGCUGUACGUGCAGAUCGUGCUGGGCACCAUCGGUGGCGUGCUGGUCAUCGUCUGGAUGCUGUACAACCGCCGCCUGAGGUCAAGGGUCAACGCCCUCAUCCUAAACCUGUGUGUGGCGGACCUGCUGGUCAUGUACCUGGGCUGCUUGACCCAGCUGGUGUGGGAGUACACCAACCGCGCCUGGCUGGCCGGCGACUUCAUGUGCCGCCUGAUAAAGUUCCUCAUGAUCUUCGCCAAUUGCUCCUCCACCAACAUGCUCGUCGUCAUCGCCGUGGACCGCCACCAGGCCAUCCGUUCGCCUCUCCGCGAGCCGUUCGCUGUGUGGAUGAUGACGGGCACCGGCUGGUUGGUGGCGGCGCUAUGCUCCACGCCCAUGCUGUUUGUCUUCCAGACCCGCUACGACGACACCAAGGGUCAGAUGAUGUGUGAGAACUUCUUCCGGUUCAAACCACUGUCACAUCGCCAGGCCUUCCUCACCUACGCGUCCUUUGUAAACUUUCUCAUUCCUCUGGUGGUCUUGAUGGUGUGCUACACGCGGAUCUUCCUCAAGAUCGCACAGAAGGCCUCUGAGAACCAGAACAACCAGCUCAACAAGCGGCAAAGCUUCAAGCCUGGAAAGGUUCACCUGACCAGCACCGGGUCGUCGUCGCUGCCCAAGGCCAAGAUCAAGACACUCAAGAUGACGUUGGUCAUCGUCAUGGCCUUCAUCCUGUUCGGCUUGCCCUACUUUGUGGCGGAGAUGAUCAUGUCGUACGGCGACUUCAAGUCCCUCAACAAGGCUGUGUACGCCAUGCUGGGUGGCCUGGCCCCGGCCAACUCCGCCGUCAACCCCUACAUCUUCCUGCUCUUCAGCGCCAACAUGCAGUGUCUCCGCAGCCUCAAGCUGUGUCCCGCGCAGGCCGAGACCAGUCGCCGCCACUUCAUGUACAGCACGGCCAGCACGCGCUCCGACUACUCCGCCAACUACAGCCGCGGGCCCCACCUCAUCACCACGGAAACCUUCGAGAUGUCGUCACUCAAGUGACGCCUACAGAGACGCCGUCAUCGCCCUCAUGAUGUCACGCGGCGAGAGGUGAUGACGCGCGCGGUGUCGCCGUGCGUGUGGAGAGCCAAGCACAGAUGCAGUGUCCCGGAUGUCGAAGGAGACUAAAAGGGUUAAAUUGACGUUUGCGACGAAAAGGUGAGCGAGAUAGACGAUAAUGCAGAGGAAGUCAGCGUGACGGGCAAAUAAAAGCCGGAUAUGACGAACGAGUGCUAUUGUGACGUCACAUGGUUACACGGGGCCAUUCUCCUCCGCGGGCACUGUGCGGCCCUAAAGUCAAGGUGUCACACGUGUAAAGUAUGGGAGGUGGGGGAGGGAGGCUUUCGGCGCCGGCACCAGGAGCUGAGCACGAGGACCACUGACCGCAGAACGUGGCGUGCGACAAAAGAGUGCAGCAGCAUCCUACCCCUUCCUGCCUUGCGUCACAAAGACUGUGAUGUAACACAAGGACCAUAGUGUAGGACAAGAACAGCGAUCUCGCCAUGUUGGUGUCAGGCAGAAUCGUCCUUACACCAUAGCCGCGUGCGAUUAUAAGAGGAAUGAACUGGCGUGCGUCCAGCAUGGAGAACGAAACUAGCCACCCGUAUCUAGUUUCACAUCACGGGUCUUUUUCCUUCUUUUCCGGUGUCAACCAGCCCUUCGCUUUCUCCUUUGUACCCUAGUCUAAGCACAUCCAUGUUCUCUCAUCGUGAUCUCAACCAGCUCUCUUCACACCCUCUGGCUUAUCUCUCCCAUCUCAUGACCUUAUCUGUUCCAUUUCAUGAUCUUAUCCUCUGAUGACCACAUACCUGUUUCUUCCAAUCUUGCCCCUGAUGACGUCUCGUAAGAUUUAUCUUCUUCUUGACCACUCUCCUCCCCUCUGCCCUCCCCUCACCUUGUCUCUAGUGUUUGUUGAUUAUGUCUGAUCUUGUCUCUGGUGUCUGAUCCUGUCUCUAUGUCUCACCUGUCGUAAUUUCAGCGUUUGCGCAGCGAUACUAUUUACUAUUCACAAUUCCGAGACCUCCUCCCUGCCCUCUGUCCUCUGACCUUAUCGUUUUGGUGUGAUGGAAAUGUCGUCUCAUCACCUCAUGAUGUUUUAGUCUCGGGCUUCAUGCCUCUCAUCUCAUCAGCUAUAAACAUCACAGAACUUUAUGUCCAGACGUAGUUCUUCGUACUUCAUAUUCUCCAAAGUAUGUCCUGGUCGUGUUACACACGUGUUUGUGUUAUUGGUUAACACUUGUAAUGAUCUACAUUUGUAGAUCUCUCUCUUUUUAUGCUUUUCCAGCGCUGGCAAGUUUUGCUCACUCAGAAACACCCGAAAAUGAAGGUUGCUGGUCGUAUCCACCCUAGACCACGUGUACACUCACACGCCCACACACACACACACCGAGCUGGGCAGGGCCAACAGGGGCCAAAGCCUUUUUUGACAUUGAUAUUUAUUUUUACAGGGUAUAAAAAUGUAUUUCAGCUGUUUAUUUUUACAAAAACAUAUCUAUGGGCGUAGCCCUUUCCACACAUGCAUAUAUAUUCUAUGUGGGUCCAUUAACAAAUCCAGCGUGUUUUUGACAAACAACUGGCUCGUGAAUAGCUAUCUAGUUGUCGUUGACUUGUCUAACAAACUGUGAUAAACCAAAGAAAACAAGCUAGUCUCAUCAACGGACAAGCCCCUUACAUAUGUUUACACGCAAGUCCCUCAGACACUCUUACAGACCCUUGAUAGAUAUUGACAAAGGUUUUGACAGAUGCAGAAAGGCUCUGACACAUUCAAAAAAGCAUUCAAAAGAUAAGGAACACCCUUCAUCAGAUAAAGAGAACAAGGUAUUGUGAGAUGGAGGGAGCUUCUCAGGUUCUAUUGGUUAUAGUGAAGAGGUCUUCUCACGAGGACGUUUGCAAUUCUGUUUUUGGCGAUGCUGCUGGCGUUAGUACUCUUGCAGUUGAUAAACAGGCCGAGUGAAUGGCUCUUGACAAGGUAAACACCUUGUCACAAUAAAGUGUAUUUACAGAGAAUACAGGCACGGAUUGUGCAUGAAUAGCGAAGUGCACCAGACUCAUGUGAUGACAGUUCACAAGAUCGAUGCCUCAUUUCACCAGCAAUACGCUUUUCAAGUUGUGGCCACACUCCUCAAAUCCCAAUGUCGCGAUAGAAUCGCCGGCAGAGAGGAGAUGAUUCAGUGGCCUGCACUGAGGGGAGGUUUCAAUCAGCUGACCACCUUCCCGUGAGAGACACGAGGGCGCCAACAUGUCCAGCAGGUGAUUGCAGUACCUGUGAGCGAUGCUUCGCAAGGAGAACAACACACCUGAGAUGAACG